AGCCCAUCCUUUUCCUGAUCUAACCGCCAUCAACGUACCAUCGUCCUCACCCAUAAAGCACAAAACAUGCGUCCAUCAUCCCGCAACCUUCUUCGUUUAACGCCUUUAAGCGGUCCAAAGAUAUCCGAGCAAACUCUAAGAUUAUCACCGCGAGCGUCUAAACCAGUUGAAGCGAAAAAGACGACAAGGGAAACGUUUAACGAAACGGCAAAACAUAUAUUAGCUCAAAAAGCGAAAGCUUCCACAACACUUCCCGACAAUUUACGGAUCGAAGUGGCAGAUAAAAAGAAAACGAUGUUUUGGAGGGUAAGUGAAAAAGAGAAAAUAGAUGGAAUACGAAACGAUGCUGACCUAACUAUUCACUUUAUGAUCUUCACAGGUAUCCAAACCCGAGAGACAGUCCUUACGUAAGAUUCUUCGAGAAGGAUAACAUUCCCUCGUCUUUCAAGCAGAGUGUGUACAAUUGUAUUUUUAUCGCAUUACAUCAAAAUA